UACAACUGCUACUUGAAAGUCAGACAUCAAUCCAAUCUUUUGGCAAACACUAACCAGAAAACCAAAAUAAGAUAGAGGCUGAAUAACAAUCAGUAGGCAUGGAGAUUGAACCUCAAUUACUUGGAUCAUCAAAUCCACCACACAUCCUCAUAUUUCCAUUACCAAUGCAAGGCCCAGUGAACUCAAUGCUCAAGCUAGCGGAGUUGCUCAUCCUCUCCGCAGAUAACAUUCAUGCCACCUUCCUCACAACCGAUGUGGUCUACCGCCAACUCAUUGUCUCGGCUCGUGCAAAGGAACGCUUUGAUCAGAACCCACGAUUUUCUUUUCGUACCUUCUCAGACGGCCUCCCCAAUGACCACCCUCGAGGUGGUGAUAAGUUCUUAGAGAUGUUAGAUGCCGUAAAAACUGUUAGCCAUCCAAUAGUCAGGGAAAUUGUAUCAUCAGGUGAUACACACACAAGUAGCAGUGAAACUAAUCAAACUUUGGAGGUUGUUUUAAGUCCCCUUGUGACAUGUAUUGUGUCAGAUGGAUUAUACAACUUUGCCUUGGAUGUUGGUAAUGAAGUUGGAAUACCAGUUUUUUAUUUUGAGACUAUGAGCCCCAGCUGCCUUUGGGUUUAUCUUUGUCUACCAAAAUUAGUUGAAGCUGGAGAGGUACCAUUUACAGAAAACAGCGAUUUAGAUGCAUUAUUAGUGAAUGUCCCUGGCAUGGAUGGUUAUCUGCGUCGGCGUGACCUUCCAGACUUUUGUCGAGCUCGUGAUGCCACCGACGAUAUAAUGUUGCAGCGAGUUCUGGAACAGGUCCAACAGAUGCAACGCGCUCAAGGCAUCAUUCUCAACACAUUUGAAGACUUAGAUUCACAUUUGCUCUCUUAUAUGCGCUCUCAUUGUCCGAAUCCUAUUUACACCAUCGGACCAUUACAUUUAAGUCUCAAGGAAAGAUUGCAAGCAAACGCUCUAUCAUCGAAUCAACCAUUCGUAUAUUCAGAUCAUUCAAAUAGUUUGUGGCAAGAGGAUAGAAAUUGCAUGGCAUGGCUUGACAAGCAACCACUAAGAUCAGUCAUCUUCUGUAGUUUCGGAAGCCAAGUAGUCAUUACGAAAGAGCAACUUACGGAGUUUUUGCAUGGUUUGGUCGAUAGUGAAACUUUGUUCUUGUGGAUGAAUAGACCAGGAUCUGUUAUUGGCUUGGAAGAAAAUUAUGAAAUGUUAGAAAAACAAGUUUUAAUGCAUGGUGACUUACUUAAAGGCAUCAAGAAAAAUGGGUGUAUAGUUAGUUGGGUUCCACAAGUUGAGGUUUUAAGCCAUCCGGCUAUAGGAGGAUUUUUGACUCAUGGUGGUUGGAACUCGGUUAUAGAAAGUGUAGUCGCGGGGGUGCCCAUGGUUUGUUGGCCUCAUUAUGUGGAUCAACUUGUAAAUAGUAGGCUCGCGACUGAAGUCUGGAAACUUGGAGUUGACAUCAAAGACAGUUGCAAUCGAGCCAUAGUUGAAAAGGUGGUCAGAGAUAUCAUGUAUCUAAGAAAGGAUGAGCUAUUAGAAAAUGCAACUAAGAUGGCUAAUUUGGCAUCGACGUCAGUCCAGAAAGGUGGAUCUUCCUACGAAUCUAUGAAGAAUCUAAUCAACGACAUGGAAUCAUUAACAUCACAAAUUUAGAAUCAUCAAUUAUCAUUAACUUGUUGAGACUAAGAUUUUAGAGUAAUUUGUUUGAUUGCUUCCCAUCUUUAGUGGUAAUUUCUUGUGGCUGGGUCCUUGACUAAGUUAAUAAACAUAACAAAGGAUAUCUUGGCCUAGUGGUUAAGAUUGAGCUAUUGUGAACGAUACGCUACAAGUUCGAAUUCCCCUUCCCUUCUUUGUACU